GGAGCGCUAUUUGGUUGUAGGAACCGUGUUAAUGCUGAAAUUAUUUCUGUAACUGCAUAUUUUCAUGUUUUGUUUUCGUGUAAUUAUGUCAAAAAUAAUAAUAUGAGCAUCAGACUUUCUUGUAUAGGUAUAUUACACUUCAAUUCAAAUAAAGGAUUAAAGACGAGGCUAACGAAAAGUGCAGAAAUAUCCAAAUCUAUCCGAUUUUCAUAAGGAUGUCGUAUCUUAAGGAUUUUCCCAUACGUCUUGAAUCGUGGCUAGAUGUUUGGGAUGUUGACUCAAUUGAGAACUGUUACUCCGAAUGGAAGUAUUUUGCUUACAAUCUUCCCAAUCCCGUUUGGGCGAAAAAAUUUUGCAUUAUUCUUGAGAACGAACAAAGAUUUUAUAUUUUCAACUCAAAACAUGAUUCUUCUUCUUUAUUGUCUCCGCCUCACAUUGGAAUAUCCACCAUCAACGAUACAGCUUAUCAUGCUUUGCAAAACAUUGCAUAUAAAGCUUUAUCAAAUGAUAUUGACAAUAAUAACAGUUAUCAUUGCUGUAAUACUGACAAUGACGACGACGUAAAGAAAUGUUUCAUAAAGAAAUAUCAUAGAAAUAAUUCACUUCAACGAUGUAUAAUGAAUAACUCUUUUGAGGAUUUCAAUAAUACAUUAUCAUAUCAUCCAUUAUACGUUAAUACCACUAUUAAUAAUAAUAAUAAUAAUAAUAAUAAUGAAUUAAUCAAUUUCGAUAACAAAACGUUAUUGAAAAUUCAAAAAUUUCUGUUCCGGAUGAAAAGUCAUUUUUCUCGUCAAACCGAACACACACAGACUCACAUCAAUUCCUCAAUGCUCUCUUCAAACCGAAGAACUUUCAAUGGGUCGUGUAAGGUGGUUGGAUUGCAACACUGGGAUCAAGGAUGCACAGUAUUCUCAGCAACAAUUACAUAGAUCCAAAUAGUAACUGGAUUUACUGAGUAUUUUUAACUUGUUUUCUUUUUCACAAAUUAUACAAUUAUAGUUCAGUAUUUGAUUAUAUCCAUUAGUUUUUGAGUUUAUCAUUAGUUAAACUGUUCAUCUGUAAAACAGUUUCCAAAAGUCCUUGAGAAUGAAAAGCCACCGAAUAUUUGUUGUAUAUUUGACUUAAUAUGAUUGUUAGCACUUUAAAUCGAUCUAAUAUUACACUUUUUCC